AUGGCCCCGAAGGUUCUCAUCGUCCUCUCCUCCCACGACCACUUCCCCGCCAAUGGCAAGCCCACUGGCUGGUACCUCCCCGAAUUCGCCCAUCCCUACCAUGUCCUGAAGGACAAGACCGAGCUGGUUAUUGCCUCACCCAAGGGCGGCGAGGCACCCCUCGACCCCAGCUCCGUCGAGAUGUUCAAGAACGACCCUGUCUCCGCGGACUUCCUGCAGAACGGCCAGGAGCUGUGGAAGAACACAGUUAAGUUGGCGGAUGUGUUGCCGCGGGUUAACGAGUUUGAUGCUCUUUUCUAUGUUGGUGGCCAUGGACCCAUGUACGACCUGCACUACGACCCCACCUCCCUCGCCCUCAUCCAGUCCUUCUCCGAAGCCAAGAAGCCCGUCUCGGCUGUCUGUCACGGCCCUACUGUCUUCCUCCGCGCGACUUCUGCCUCUGGUCAGCCUUUGCUGGCCAACGCCUCUGUGACUGGUUUCUCGAACGCCGAGGAGGACCAGGCUGGUCUCACUUCUCUCAUGCCGUACAUGCUUGAGGACGAGCUGGUCCGUGUGACGGGUGGUCAGUAUGUCAAGGCUGACCAGCCUUGGGGCGAGAAGGUUGUUGUUUCGAAGACUGGGAAUGGCGCGGUUUUGAUUACCGGUCAGAACCCGGCUAGUGCUACUGGUGUUGGACAGGAAAUUUUGAAGGCGCUGGGUAUUAACUAA